CCGCGCCUCGGCGCCGCCCGUUCGGUCGCGCGAUGCGCGCUGCGAACGACGCCGCGCCGCACGCGACCUCGACGCACGUCGCGCGCGCGUCCGUGGACGCGAUCGAGACCGACAGCGUGAUCAGCAUGACGCUCGACGACGACCUCGAGAGUGAAUUUUCUGAAUUCAACGACGCGCGAGAUGCCGACGCCGACGCCGCGUUUCUCGACUCGAACGCGCGAUCGCUCGACGCGCUGAGCGCGCUCGAGCGCGAAAAUGAAUUGUUCGACGUCGUGGUGAAGAUGCGAAAGUCGCUGGGCGGGGGUAAGCACAGAAGAAGAUUUACCAAACAUAGAAAUUGCUUCACGGGACGCGAGGCGGUGCAGUGGCUCGUGGCGAGUCGGACGGUGCGGGACAGCGACGCGGCGGUGAGACUCGGAAACGAACUCAUGGCGGCGAAGUUGAUCGUAGGGGUGACGAAGUCGGCGAAGAUCAAGUUUGAAAAGCGGUCACACUUGUAUAGCUAUCAUUUGGGGGUUGGACCGGGAAUAUCGGCGGCGAGGUAUUACGUGUCGACGGAGAUGCUCGCGAUGGAAUCGCGGAUGAAGAAUGUGCGGACGGUGGUGGAUAGGCACACGGCAGCGGUGGAGGCGCUGUCGAGUGAACACGCGUCGGCGAUGGAAAGAGUCGAAGACGUGAUGUCGGCGUUGAAAAUGGAGUUGAGCGUGUUGCGCGCGAGCGUCGUGGCGCUCAUCGCGUACGCUAUUUUGCCUUUUUUUAAGACGGAUGCGAUGGCGCUCACGUCGUUCGUUGGGGUUCGAAUGUCGUUAGAUUCACUUUUGAUGGUCAUCGCAGCCUGUGCGGCCGUGGCGGUCGGGAUUUCGAGUCUACUGGGGUUCUUUUACGUGGCAGAUUUGACUCGUCAAUCAGUCUUCGAGGGCACCACAAAGCGACAGUCGUCCGAAUCGGGCUUGAACGCGUUUGUCGAUGAUUCGCCGGCGAAACAUCGAUCGACGCUUCAUGAUGGCGGAGAAAUCAACCUCGAGCGAACGCCCUCAUUUCUGCAAGCAUCAGCGAUUUCGAUUCAGCGCACGGCGUCGCGGCUGAUAAACAUGCAGCGAAAAUCGACCCGUCCGGAAGACAGAGCGGGACCGCCGCCGUGCGUCGAUCCGGCCAGGUGGCCUGACUCGCCGUGCGCUCUUCGGUUCACGCCAGCGGAUUCACAAGCCAUCACGCAAGAGGAUCAGCUUCCAGACAGUAUGAUUCGCGCGCAAGUGCCGUUCGAAAUCGAUUCAGAUAUCUUCAAAGGCAGAAUGAUUGUGUACUUGCGUGGUUUGGAAAACACGCCACCUGAGAUUUUUGAGGGCAAGGCGCGAACGAUUCAACUCGCCAUACAGGGCAAGUUCAAGCGUCCGAUCGCCAUGAACGACUGUGUCAUCGGUCAGUGUUUAUCGCGCCCGUUGCAAAACCUCCCGUCUCGCUGGUUGUUGGCGCUGUGCGCGCGCGUCGUGCGCGGAUUCGGUGAGAAAUGGGGCAUCGAACUCUCCAUGCCGACGGACGAGCGCCCCUUCAUGUUGGCACCCAUAGCGCUCGCAGCGCAGGCGAUGAGUUGCGAAUACGAGGGCGACGUGCAAGAUAUCGAAGGCUCAAUCAUCGAAAACGUCGACGCUAGGUCCGACAUAUUUCCCCCGGGUACGAGCCCAAGCAGACGACAGAAAAUCUUAAAGGCGCUGUUGCGAAAGAGCAAGAAAGGGCUCGCCGACAUGCCGAUGUUCGACACCGAACGCGUGUGGACUUUUGGUUUCUGGCAGUCGCAAAUCAACUUCCUGUCGUACAAAAUAGACCUCGGGGUCGGAACUUUCAACUUGAUUAAAAUCAUGGACGGGCAACCGCUGUGUUUCUGCUCGUCCACACGAGCUGGAGAAAUUUUAUUUAGAAUGGAAGUAUGGCAUCGUGAACUUUUGCGUGACGCGAAGGAGGCGCACGCCAAAGCUGAGAAUCGAAAAAGUCGUAGAGGGUCGCUCGAUUUCAGACGAGCGUCUACGAAAGACGUUCGUGAAGCUUUGAAGUUCGACGAUGAGUAGUAAGUUGCUAGCACGCGUGUACUUU